GCACCUUUUUAAUUAUUGUGUGGUUUUGUAGCUGUGGAAUGUUUCGUCCACUGUCAUGACGAUCCUUGUUAGCAUGGGUGUUGUAAUCCUGUUGUUGGUUACGUUGCUGAUCUGCUAUGUCCUAAGGACCUGGCGGAGGAACACUCAGACCUGUGCAAGGUCCAUGAGAAUCCCGAUGAAAUAUCAGCGACACCUUGCAAGACGUGGCUCCAGACACACCCUCGAAGAAGAGGACCACUUGAUCGAACGCGAUUCAGAAUGCGAAAGCGCUUGUAGAUCCAAAAGAUUGAGGGAGAAAAGAAAGAGAAAUAGGAAGCUCGAACAGGGCAAAUCUCACGAGAGAGAGGAUGUCCGAAAGCUUCGUAGAAGUGACCACGAGGUUCGCAGGGUUUCACGAUACCUUUUGUGGUUAAAAGGCAUCGAGAGGAAAGUGACGAGUGUCGACAGGACAGAAGAUUCUCGAAUGAAGCAGCUUUACAAUCUCGUGCCACCUAUACCCCCACCAGACUUUGACGGCAGAUGA